UUUCGGAAAAACUCCGGCCGUGAAUCGUUCGGGAGGAAAGGGAGAAGCCGGGAUGAUGGCCGGAGGGCGAAGCGAGCGGGGCGCCGUGCUGGCGGUGCCGCUGCUGCUGCUGCUGCUGGCGGCCGUGGGCUUGGCCUCCGCCUUGGACAACGGCCUGGCUCGGACGCCGCCCAUGGGCUGGCUGCACUGGGAGCGCUUCCUCUGCCAGACGGACUGCGAGCGGGAGCCCCGCGACUGCAUCAGUGAAGAGCUCUUCAUGCAGAUGGCUGACCGGAUGGCGUCGGAUGGAUGGAAAGACGUUGGGUACCGUUUCCUGUCUAUCGAUGAUUGUUGGAUGGCUCCCACUCGCGAUAAACAGGGACGGCUGCAGCCAGACCCCAAACGCUUUCCCAGUGGGAUAAAGAAACUUGCAGACUAUGUCCACUCCAAAGGGCUGAAGCUGGGCAUUUAUGCAGACAUUGGGAACAGAACCUGUGCUGGCUUUCCCGGAAGCUACGGCCACUACGAACAGGACGCAGAGACCUUUGCCAGCUGGGAGGUGGAUCUGCUGAAAUUCGACGGAUGUGACUUUGAGACUCUGGAUGAAAUGGCUGAAGGUUAUAAGAAAAUGUCUUUAGCGUUGAAUAAAACAGGAAGAAGUAUUGUAUAUUCCUGUGAAUGGCCACUUUACCAGAGACCCUUUAAAAAGGUCAACUAUACAGAAAUUAAGCACUACUGCAAUUACUGGAGGAAUUAUGCUGACAUCUCUGAUUCCUGGAGCAGCAUCAAGAAUAUCUUAGACUGGACUUCUUAUAACCAGGAUAUUCUGGUCGACAUAGCAGGGCCUGGUGGCUGGAAUGACCCAGACAUGCUGGUGAUUGGGAAUUUUGGCCUGAGCUGGGACCAGCAGAUAACACAAAUGGCCUUCUGGGCUAUUAUGGCGGCCCCACUAUUGAUGUCCAACGACCUGCGUCAGAUCAACUCCAAAGCCAAGGCUCUCCUCCAGAACAAGGAAGUGAUAGCGAUCAACCAGGAUCCCUUGGGCAAGCAGGGUUACCGAAUUGUCAAGGACAAAACCUUUGAGGUGUGGGAACGGCCACUCUCCGAAGGAGCUUUUGCCGUAGCCAUACUAAACCGGCGGGAGAUGGGGGGACCACAGGCCUAUGUCCUUGCUACCAUGAUCAUUGGCAACGGCUUAGCUUGUAAUCCCAGUUGUUUGAUUGAGCAAAUUCUUCCGACCAGGAGAGACUUGGGGCUACACAACAUGGUUUCCUUUUUGAAGCUGGUGGUGAACCCAACUGGUACUGUGCUGCUGAAGAUAGUGGUGAACACACACACGCUUUUUAUUGACCAUGGAAGAGGCUACCCUAAAGACCUCUUAUAACAUGGCAGCAUUCUCCCCUUGCAAAUUCUUUCAAGAGGAUCUAACGCAAAGCCGCCCAAAGAAAUCAAAGGAAAAUCGCUGUAGAGUCUUUGCUUCAAGAAGUUGAUUGUCAAGAAAUGCAGAGAUGGUCUUUUCGGGAUUCUCAGAUUUUAAGCCUCAAGAAGGUGACAUUGUCUUGUCUUUUUGGAGGCACCGCUGAAAACAAAAUUAGCUCACUUGAUCAUGUUUAUCAAGUGGUUUUAUAUACAAACACAAUUUGUUGUGUAACAAUAGUAGCCUACUCUCUUGUGCUGUGGGCUUUGCUGGGACACAAAAAAGAUGACCUACUGCAAUUGUAUAUACUUGCAGUUGCUUCUCAACAAUCACUGGAUCAAAAUUAAGAGAUAUGUAAGGAUACAGUAGGUUUAUGGGUAAAUUGUGCAAUAACUGAAGAAAUUCUUAAAAGGAUUUGGGUGCACUUUGCUACUCCUAAAAUCCAACAGAUUAAAAAGUACUACACAUGUGAAGCAACUUUCAGCUUUUGGAGUUGCAAAAGUCUCUAUUGAUAUUGGAGGCUCUGCAACAUUGGAAUGGCACUACCUCAGCUUUGAUCUUGAGAAUUCCAGCCCUUAACAUCUGAACCUGAAUUUUGCAGUUCAUUAAAAUGCUUUUUCCCCAAUAAAUCUUUCCUGCCUGCACUGAUGCUAGCUUUGUCCAAGGCAGCCACCGAUUGAGGGCCCAGAUUAUGAUCAAGUCAGUCAAACUGUUACAUUUAUUCCAUUUGCUGUUACUAUUUCAAAGAGAAUGAAGAUCAAAGGAAUCUAAUCAAUUCUGUUGAGCCAGUUGGC